UCAUCCCUAUCCCCAUUGGACAAGCAUCCAUCUUGCAGCAAGAAAUGUCACUGUCCUUGCCCACUAGCACCCGUGCCAGCAAUAUUAGCAAACAGACCUCAGAGACUGAGCUCCCCUUUUAGUCACAGAAGUUACUGUUUUCUUUCAGUGUCAGUAGUUGUUGUUCCAGCCCAGGCUUUCUACAUGUUAUUCCUGGACUAACAAAACCUUGAAGUGCUGCUUGCCCUGCAAUACCAAAUUUAUGGAUGAGGAGACAACUUCAGUCUGCCAGUAUGUUCUUGAGGAAGAAGUGCAGAUAUGGAUCACGUAAGCUGCAAUUUCUCUUGUUGUUGCUGAUGCUGGGCUUUUUGCUUCUGAUGGUUACAAUGCUGAAUCCACCCAGCAACCAGAGCAAGGAAGGGACUUUCCAGCCUGUGGAGCUCAACCCCCGGGAAGGCUAUCAGGUGGACUUUGCGGAGACCCAAGAGAUGCUGGAGACCCAGGAGGAGAGCCAGCAAUAUUACCCUUUGGAUGGGCUGUCACCCUUCAUCUCCCUGCGGGAGGAUGAGUUGAUCGUGGCCGUCGUGUCCCCCACCGGCAAAAGGAACCACAGCAAGGCCAGGAAGGGUUAUCGGGUAGUGAAGCAGCAGAGCAGGAGGCCGGAGGGGAAGGCAGAGGGAGACCCCGAGUCCCAGCUCCUGCCCCUUCCUCUGCAGGCUGCCGGGGAGCUCGGCCUGGACACCCAUGGCUUUAACGAAGCGCUCAGUGAGCGGAUCUCUCUGCGCAGGGAGCUGCCUGAGGUACGACACCCGUUGUGCCUUCAGCAAGAAUAUGACUCCAGUCUGCCUACUGCCAGUGUCAUCAUCUGUUUCCAUGAUGAAGCCUGGUCUACUCUGCUGAGAACCGUGCACAGCAUUAUGGACACAGCCCCAAAGGCGUCCCUCAAGGACAUCAUCCUGGUUGAUGAUCUCAGCCAGCAAGGGCCCCUGAAAUCAGCUCUGAGUGAAUACAUUUCUAAGCUGGAUGGUGUGAAACUCAUCCGGAGCAACAAGAGGCUUGGAGUCAUCCGAGGUCGGAUGCUAGGAGCUGCACGGGCAACCGGGGAUGUGCUCAUCUUCAUGGAUUCACACUGCGAGUGUCAGAAGGGCUGGCUGGAACCCCUCUUGGCCAGGCUGUCCAGCAAUCGAAACAGUGUCAUCUCCCCCGUCAUAGAUGUCAUAGACUGGAAGACUUUUCAGUACUAUCACUCAGUGAGCCUGCAUCGAGGUGUUUUUGAUUGGAAACUAAAUUUUCAUUGGGAACCAGUGCCAGAGCAUGAAGAGAAGGUACGACAGUCUUCCAUCAGCCCUAUCAGGAGUCCUGUGGUAGCUGGUGCAGUGGUGGCCAUGGAUCGACACUACUUCCAAAACAUUGGAGCUUAUGACUCUGACAUGACCACGUGGGGAGCAGAAAAUCUGGAGCUAUCUAUAAGGACCUGGCUCUGUGGUGGCUCUGUAGAAAUUAUUCCAUGCUCCCGAGUUGGGCAUGUCUAUCGAAAUCACUUUCCCCAUGCUUUCUCCUAUGAAGAUGCCAUUGUGAGGAACAAAAUCCGAAUAGCAGAGACCUGGCUGGGCCCUUUUAAAGAGAACUUCUACAAGCAUGACACAGUGGCUUUCUUAAUCAGCAAGGCAGAGAAGCCAGACUGCAGCGAGCGCCUUCAGCUGCAAAAGAGACUGGGCUGUAGAAAUUUCCAGUGGUUUGUAUCAAAUGUGUACCCUGAGCUCUCCCAACCUGAAGACACACCAGGAUUCUCUGGCAAGCUUUACAAUACUGGUGUUGGCUUCUGUGCAGAUUACAGACCUGGAAGAGCCAUUGAAGAAGGCUCUAUCGAACUCUUCCCUUGCAGUGACAGUAUAACCCAGCACUUUGAAUAUAACAGCAUGAAGGAAAUCCGGCUCGGUUCUGCUCCACUGAUUUGCUUAGAUGUCAGACAUGGGAAGGUUAUCCCUCAAAACUGUACAAAGGAGACAGACAACAGUCACCAGCACUGGGAUGUCCAGGAGAAUGGAAUGAUUGUCCACGUCCUUUCUGGCAAAUGCAUAGAAGCAGCAAAGAGUGAAGAUGAGAAGGACUUGGUUUUAUCUGCAUGCAACAAGAAUGCCUAUCAGGUGUGGCAAUUUGAACGUUCCCAUAUGCUGCGCCAGAGAUGACUGACAGGUCUCUGUGGAGGUCAAGCCUCCAGAGUCUAACAUUACUUCUGUUUGGGAUUUAAGAUACAUUUCCUGCAUGGACAAGAACAAUGUUUUGUGUUUGCUGUUGCAUGCAAGGAAGUUAUGAAGGUCUCUCCUUUGAAAGCCUGGCUCAAAUAAUUGCCAUCAGUUCCUUGCCUAUUCAGCUCUAGCUAAAAAUUCUAUUUAUUCUGUGAAGCAGGGAAUAAAGAUACUGUGAGCAUCAAGGGAUUCUCAGCUCUGCUAUUGCAGAAGACAGUUGAGUUUUCCUUUGAAGGAAACAUGGAAAAUUGGCUGCCAGCGAACUUGUCUUCAGCAUAUUCUGUAACUUGUGAGGAUACAGGAAAACAAAUGUUUGUGAAACUUCUGAAACUGUAGGAGGAAGCCAGCCAAACCAGGAUAAGAGUUUCGCCUUGUUUUACAGAGCACUCAACUCACAUAAAACAAAGUAGAUUUUCUAUGCACAGAAGUAGUAGAUGUUUUCACAUCUAAUAGCUCAAAUUUUGUGUUCCAAGUCGCCUGAGCCAAAUUUCUACCCUCUAUGAGACUGCAUAGAACAAAAAUUAGCACUUAAUUAGGCACUAACUGCUGUAAUUGAUUUGGAAUACCAACAGUCCUCAGUGUUUGGCACACCCUUCCUUAAAUCCUUUGUCCACAGUCUGAUUUGAAUGGGAGAAUGAGACUAAAAUGUUAGCAUUUUUUUGGUUUUGUUUUCAUGCAAUUUAAGAACAACUCUUCAGGAAACUUUUUGUGGACUAUGGAAGAUGAUUGAGCUAGAUUAGAAAGAAGGGUAAGAACUUUCCUGCUUAUUUUGAAAUGGAAAGCAUCAGUGGCAUCCAUUUGCUCUUAUAAAGCUACAGUGACAGAAGUGCCGGCUGAAAACAUCAAAUGAAGGGAAAGAGCCUGUUUCAAUAGUGGCUACCUAAGAAGAAAAUACUGGUGCCUACUUCCACUUGCAGCAUGAGUUAGGUCUCUCACACUGUAAAGGAUAAUGGCAUCAUUAACAAAGCUUAAUUUGGUUUUGAGACCUUUUUUUCCCAAGAGACAGAUUAUUUUAUAUUUUUUUUAAUGUAAAGCCCAUUGUUUGAAUGUUAGAGAAAGGAAGAACAGCAGAAUAUGCUCAGAGCCUUCCAGCCACCUGCUCUUGUUAAAUAGUAAUAAAUUGGUUUCAGGCAUAUAAAACUGAUUACGACAGAAGACACGAACAGCAUUUUGUGUUGUGCUGUCCAAAACAUUUCCCAGUGGGGUCUCUGCUUUGAGUGCCACAGAUUCUACACCAUGUUCAGGCAUUGCUCCAAUCUUCCUAAUUACCACUUACUCUUUGACAGCAUCAGGAUCUAGUACCAUUUGCUGCUGUGUCAUUUAAAGUUUCCUGUGAUAUUCUUGACAAUGCUUCAACUUUCAGCUGAAAGGAUGGUAGCAACUUCUUCAGAACCCCAAGUGACCCCUGAUCAUUGCCCAUACUGAGGGUAAGAAAAGAGAACUUCUAAAAUGGCAUAUAUGCUGUUUUAUUGACAUGUGAUUCCUUUGUUUUAAAUUAUAAGUAUGUCAGAUUUUUAAAUUAUGUGUUAUUUAUUCUAUUUUGGAUUCUACACUUCAGCAUUUAGCUUAAUGUUAAAAAAUGUAUAUAGAAAUAUGAUCACUGAUAACAAGUGGGAUUUAUCACAAAGAAGAAUGAAAACAUUUUUUGUUUUGAGAGGAAAUCUUUGGAAUUAAACUGAAGAGACAUGGACAUCCUGUACUGCUUUUAACACAAUGAUCAGAACCUAGAAAGUAAGGUUUGCUGUAGAUAUAUGUACAAUAGAAAAGUACCUUACAUUAUACCUCUUCCAACAAUAAAAUGAAAAGAUAUGGUUUGGUACCAUUUAAAAAAUACUUGGUUUUAUACUCGUUGCUUUUAGUAACAGUGUAAGUAUGUGUUCAGUUUCCAAGGGAACUGAAUUCCAGAGUACAGGCCAGAAGGGUCUGUGGUCUAGUUGGUUUCCAUAUGGGGACAGCCAGGGGACAUAGACUGUGGGCCAUACCAUGGAGCACACUUCCCCUAAUAUAAAUAUUAAAAAAAAACAACCCAAAACAAAACCAACCAAAAAAAAAAAAUCCAAAGGAAAAACAUCUAUCCCCUAUAUUUCCUAGUUUCCUUCCUGUAUGCCUUUUAAAUGGUUGGUUGGUUGUACCAACCAAUUUGUGGUCAUUUACACUUUUGCCCCUGUGGUUAGAUCCAUCAACUAGACUCUUCUCCUCACACAGGUUGUACAAGGGGCUCAACAAAGCAUCCCUGCUAAGGGUGCUGGUGUGUUUUCCUCAUUUUUGCCCAUCUUUCACUCAAAACUAGCAGACAGCAACACUUCGAGCAUCACAAAACACACAAUUACUUUUAGCUCUGUAUUUGGUCAGGGACAACAUUUCAUUUCUAAUUCCCAUUGACAAGAGGAAAACAUAAGAAAACAAUAUUUCAGGCAAGCAUGAAGGAACAAUUUUAUCUCUGAAGGCCUCCAAAGUACAGCCUUGGGCAAGAGCAAAGGAAUUCCAGCAUAACACAAGUAAACAUCUUAUAGCAUAACUCCACCUUUUCCUUUGAAUUUGUCAGCCCAGGCAUCACUAGUGCUUUGAGCCAAACCCACCCAUGAAGCUGAGAUAAAAGGCCAGAUUCAAGAACAGGUCACCUUUCAGUUGACAGCGCUUACUAAAUAGCCUGGUUUAUUCCUCUUCCAGCUCACUGGAAAUGGAAGAACAUAAAAGCCUGAAGUAAUCUUCAACUUACUUUUAAACGUAAACCUAGUCGAUUCAAUCAGUAUUGGCAAAGUCUGGGGCUUGUCCUGUUAGGUGAGGUGUCAUCACUAGUGCAGGGAAACAGAAUAGCAGCAUUUGUUCCAUGUAUUAACCUGAAGUUUGAACAGGGGGAAGGUUAAAGCAACUGUUAGGAUAAAUCCUGUAGCACAGAAAUGUUCAGGGUAUCUGUCAGUGCCUCCAGGUCCUCCCUUAGAGACGCUGAUGCAGCUGUAAUACUGUCUGCUUCCUAAAAUGCAAUAGCUUCUAUUACAGAUUUCCCCAGGAAGGAAUGGGGUUAUGCUGAGGUAACCAGAACAAGGACAGUAACAGCCUAGAUUUUCAUAACAGUUGGAAGGUGACGUGAGUGAGAGCUUUCAAAUUCCGCCUUUGUAUCUCAUUUGAUCUCCAGCAAUUUGAUUCAAAUUACAAAUGUAUUGGAAGAGUGACUGUGAAAUGUGAAAAAGGAGUGUCUUGCAAAUACUGGUAACUUGGCUUAUGUUUUUCAGCUAUGCAAACUGCACACUUCUGCCCUGAAUAAAGUAUACCAGUGCACAAUGAAA